UUCAGCAUCUUCUGUGACUUCCGCUAAACACGCGCUGGUCUGUUUAGCUUUAACUGACGGACGUUAAUUAAAAACACGUCCUCUCGCUCUCUCUCUCUCUCGGCUUCCGUAGUUACGUGUGCGGUCAUGGCGUCCUUCAGCGGCGGCGUGUUUCGGCCUCUGCUCGGUGUGUGUGCGGUGUGGAGGACAUGUUCUCGUCCGGGCUCCUCCGGGAGUGUCCGCAGCAGCCUGCUGGAGCACAUGAGACAGGGCUACACCGACAAACCCGAACUCAACAUGCGCUGGCUGUGCGAACACACGCACCAAGUCAUCGCCAACGUGGAAAACAGGAAAGGAGAUUUACGGGCGGCUGAUGUCGGAGUGAUCAUAUCUGUCUGGAAGCAGCUGAAGGACGUGCAGGAUGAGAUCGUGAAACUCGAAGAAAGGAAGACGUCCAUCAGCGCUACUGUCCGAGCCCUGGUGGAGCAACAUGACAAAAAGGUUCUAUGUGAUCUCGCGGACUACAAGGCGACGAGGGCUGAGGGCCGAGAGCUCCGUGGAAAGCUGAGUCAGCUUUACCCGCUACACAGUGAGCUGGAGCAGCAGUACUACUGCCUGGCACUGAGGCUGCCCAACCUCUCACACCCAGACGUGCCCGUUGGGGAUGAGAGCCAGGCUCGGGUGGAGGACAUGGUGGGGCAGAAACCAGAGUUUGAUUUCAAACCCAAAGGCCAUCUAGAAAUUGGGGAGUUUCUGGAUAUCAUAAGACAAAGGCGUCUUGCCCAUGUGUCAGGUCACAGGUCGUACUACCUGAGAGGAGCAGGAGCCAGACUGCAGACUGCUUUGCAGAACUUUGCUUUGGACCUCCUGCAGAAAAGGGGGUUUAUCCCGAUGGCUGUUCCGGACAUGCUGAAAGGAGCCGUGUUUGAGGGCUGUGGAAUGCAUCCUCAUGCCCAGCAUUCCCAGGUGUACACGCUGGACCCCAGCCGCUUUCCAGACCUCAACCUGGCUGGCACAGGUGAAGUUGGCAUCGCAGGUUAUUUUAUGGAUCAUGCGAUAAAUGUGAAAGAUCUGCCAGUCAGGACUGUCUGCAGCAGCACGUGUUUCCGAGCAGAAACAGAGGCAGGUAAAGAGACCUGGGGACUCUACAGGGUCCAUCACUUCAACAAGGUGGAAAUGUUUGGUAUAACUGCAGAUGAGACGGGUCGAGAGAGUUCUCACUUGUUGGAGGAGUUUGUGUCCUUGCAGAAGGAGAUUUUCUCAUCCCUCAAGCUCCAUUUCAGGGUGUUGGACAUGCCCACACAAGAGCUGGGAGCUCCAGCGUUCAGGAAGUAUGAUGUGGAAGCGUGGAUGCCCGGUCGUGGAAGCUUUGGUGAGAUCUCCAGUGCCUCCAACUGCACAGACUACCAGAGUCGUCGACUCAACAUCCUCUAUGAGGGAAGCGAAGGGCGUCUUAAGUUCACUCACACGGUGAAUGCUACAGCAUGUGCUAUUCCACGCACCAUUAUAGCUAUUUUGGAGACUCAUCAAACUAAGGAGGGAACAGUGCGUGUUCCGGAAGUGUUACAGCCAUACCUUGGCUCUGAGCUGAUUGAGAAGCCCAAAUACUCCCCACUGAAAUACAUUGGACCAAACCAGCCGAACAGACAACCCCUGUCCAUCGCUGAAAGUUCCCACUGGCGUGACUUUGGCAGUAACUUUUAAGUCCAAAUGGAAAUAUUUUUUAGAAAGGUGUGUGUGAGGAUCAACACUGUUUUAUACUCUCCUCAGAGCAGUUGGGGCGGGUUCUGACCAACACAUACAGGGCAGGGCUUGAAUCUCAAUGGGUCUUUGUUGUAUGAGCUGAAGAGUGCAGCUUACCUGACCACACCUCACACUGUAGUUCAGAUACGUCUUUUUUUACUUUUGGGAAGCAGAAUUCGACCUAAGAACAAGACUAGUUAGUAACACGAACAGCCAUUCAGGUUCUGUUCACUUACAAUGAAUUAAAACACACAUACCCAAACUUGAAAUAUGGUACUGUAAGUGAUGUCAGGUAAGGCCUGUGUCAGUCAUGUUUUAUGUCUCAUGAUAAAGACAAACUAUGAAUAAAUGUUGCUGAUCUUGG